UAUCAUUUCCCUCUAUCAUCACCACGACUACCGUUGUCAUCCACCCUUUCUAAACAUAUCUCCCCCGCCAUCAAUGUUCACCUGCUUGACAGGAGAUGGCUCCUUUCUUCGCAAAGCGAUUGAAGUGUUUUUACUGUGGGUGUCGCUCACCCCAGGCUGACAGAGAGCCCAUUCGCAAAUGGCGUUGCCAACAUUGCGAGGCCAUCAAUCAUUUGGAUGAAAACGGGGAAAUCACCGAUCCCCCUGCUACUGAAACGAAUCCCGCUGUACACAGCCCUCACGCAUCAACUCCGCCCUUCGAGUCCAAUGACUUCACAGGCUCCAGUUUAUUCUGCGACAAAUGCCUCCGCAACCAACACCUCUUCACUAACAACUUGGCAUCCUACUUCCCGCCUUCCGAUGACCCGAGUUUCGGCGCAUACGAACGCGAGUAUCCUAAAUUUCGCAAAAACCUAGAGGAGCGGUAUCCCCAGGUUUGCGCCACUUGCGAGCCUCGAGUGAAACAGCGCAUUCGUCAAACCGGAUACGAGGCCAAAGCGGAUCAUUUGAGACGGAUGAUGGAGCGAAGUAAGGCUGGGAGGAUGGCAAGAAAGGCACGUCGGUGGAACUGGAGAAGCCUUCUUGUCUGGGCCGGCGCCAUGGGUUACUGGGCUAGUGUUGCCGGUCAACUUAGCUGGAAUAUCUGGAGUGCGUUAGCCGUGGAGGAAAUCGAACCACUGCAAGACCCCGAUGCAUUAUCUAACUCUCCUCAUUUGGUCGAGUGCGCACGCGAGAUAGUGCAGACCCGUCGGAUACCGAGCAGUUGCGCGAUGGAUCUAGCACCUUAUGCCGGGCUAGCUCUCAUUGUCGGCAUUCUGUCUUUGUGGUGGAACCCCAAGCUACGCUUGAAAGUAGAAGGAAGGGGCGGACGCUUUGUUGGCCUGAGCGAGUACUAUCAGGUACAGCUCAUUGUCAUGGUGGUGCGAUGCGUCUUCUGGGCGGUUCUCCGAGAACCCUCUUCGAGCGGACUGGAGGCUAAUAUUCCCCCGACUUUACACUUGUUCAUGCUCUUCUUCACGACAUUGUCUGUUGCCAUCUCUAGGCGCAUUGUGCGCUAUGACACCCGUCCGCUGGUCGUCUGGAAUGAUGACACCCCCGCAGCCACUCCGAGUCGGAAUACUGAAGCGACUCCAGUACCUAAUUUUGGUAACACUGGAAACAGUCGCCGGCUGUUUACAAGUCCUACUGGAGAUCUCCGGCAGCGACCUUCUCGUUUCCCUUUGGACAAGCUUGCUUCUCCACGGACAGCUCCUGAGGAACCAAGCAUCCCAACCCCGCCUCCGGAGGCUGACGAUAUGGACUGGACUCCUUCCCUUGUCCAGCGCGAACUUGAACCCACAAUUAGUGUCCGUCGGCGAGACAAGACCUCUGGGCUCAAUGGCGAGCUGCCGUCUUUUGGCCUCCUGCCCGCUGCGCCUAAGCCACCCGCCUGGAAUUUGCGUAGCAAACCCCAAUACCCAAAUCCCAUUAACCCCAUUAACCCCACUCAACAAGUGGAACGAAAUCCGUUCCAGCGCACACCUGCACAACCGCAACAAUGGCAACGGAAUACCAGUGAUGCCGGCGCGGCGUUUGUACCGCCAAAGUUCUUUCCUACGAGCGAUCAUACCGCGACAACUGGACUCGAGAGUUUGUUCGAUCGGACCUUCACCAUCAAGUCUCCUGAAGAUGGAGAAGACAACUACUGGCAAGCACACCAAAACUCGAAUGAUUACACCCACCACCCUGUGAAUCUCUGGAGUUAUUUUGUCUACCAGUACCUUCGGUUAGGACUUCUUAUUGUUUCUCUUGCUGCUUGGACUUUUUCGGAAUAUGGUCUACUCUCGCUUCCGGGCAAUUAUGUUGAGAUCGCAUCGUUAGGCAGUGCCAGUCUUAUCGCCGGGUUCGCCCUUCUAGAGGCUAUGAAACGUCCUAUCGUGCAGUGGAAUGGCAUGGAGAUCCUCACCUGCUUUUCCGAGCUGGUUGCUGCUGUUAAUCUUGGGGGAUACCUUCCCCGGAUUGGGGUUGCCUACCAGCGGCAAUCUUUUGACACAUACGGGAAGUUGUUAUUGGUUUUCAUGACCGCCCAAGAGGCACUGAAUUUGCUGUCACUGUAUCGCCUCGCUGCAGUCCAUGGGUCUGGUACCCAGCAGCAGCAGCAGCAGCAGCAACAACAACAACAACAACAACAACAACAACAACAACAACAACAACAACAACAACGCCGCAUCGCGUCUCCGGAUGGCCGUGCAACUGGACAUCAGUCCCCAUCGGCAUUUAAUCACCAGAGCCAGGUCCAGUCGUUCGACAGUCAGCCAUCCAUGCCACCCCUGUCCUUUUCAUCUACUCUUCCUACCUCGAGCUUCACGACGCAGUCACCCGCCACGCCCACCCAAUUCGCACCUUCGCCAUACGACGGAGGAUUCUCCAAAAAUCACAGUUUCACUCUGAACAGUCUGAAAGACAACGAGUCCGACGUGUCGGACGCGUUUGACCGUGACUCGGACACUGAAACCACUGUAACAACAGCCACAUCUGCCACCAACAACACAAUUCGAAACAUUCGCUAUGGACGGAACAACGAUUAUAACAGUGACUCGAUGUUCUCGCCCCGACGAUCAGAGCUGGGCCCAGGGAUCGGGGGUCUGAGUUUGGAGGACGAGCCCGGUCGCCGCAUCACCCGCAGUCAAUCGAAGCUCAAGGAUCGUUUCGCAGCGGCGCGAGGAAUACGGUGAUAUCAAUCCUCGAUCUUUGGGCGUUGGUCAGCCUCAUUGGACCAGCUGUCUCAUUUCAAGCGUUUGCACUUUUGGAGUUGGUUAGCUACCUCUUUCCCUUGCUAAAUCUACCUUAUACCAGUCUUUGUGAGCCCACGCGAACUAUUACGGCCGGUGAGAAAGCUUGCCUGUUCUGAGUACAAUCCGUUUGUUUCACUGUACUUGGGGCUGUUUGAAGAUGUGUUUUGUACAUAGCAAGUAGAAUGAACGAUUUAUGAAUGAUGGCACGACCGAUUUCUCACUUUGUCAGAGUGGGUUAUAAUCAGACAAUUCCUCCGUGUUGUCCU